GUCCGUCGUCAUACGCACGCCGUCACGGCGACAGAACGCUAGCGACACCGGCCGCAUCCGAACGCGCUUUUCACUCGCGCAACGCGACGCGAAAAAAUUAAACAAUAUUAUAAUAAUAAUAAUCGUUCAUUUCGCUCGCCGUCAUGUUCGCCUACACCGCCGCCGCCGUCUGUUGCACGCUGUUCGUCACCGUCGCGGCCAGGCGCGGCCAGAACGCCGUGACCCGUCCGACGACGACCGCGGAUUGGCGCGAAGACUCGUCCGGCAGCCUUACGCGUUCGCGCGGCUCCGUCACUCCGGCCGGUGGUUCUUCGUGCUGCAACGGGCCGUACACCACCGCGGCUGCCUACCCGUCGUACAACACCGUCCCAAGCCCCCGAGAAUCUUUAGCAGAAUGUCGAACUGCGCUUAAUGUAGAAAGAAAAGCAACGUUGACACCUAAGCCAGCCGGUUGUUCUGUCGAAUCUCAAACCAUCAGCCUUAAAGAUACUGACGAUCAAAGUUUGUAUUAUUAUCCGACGUGCACUCGGGUGAACCGAUGCGGAGGUUGUUGCGCACACGACUUAUUAGCAUGCCAACCUACUAAAGUCGAAACCCUCAACUUCGAAGUGAUGGUCUCGCAGUAUAAUGACGAUGGGAAAUUAGAAUUCAAAGGUCGGAAAACAGUGUCAAUAGAUCAACACCUGAAAUGCAAGUGUGGAUGCGUUGUUAAACAAGAAAAUUGUACACCUCUGCAAACGUAUUACCCCAACGAAUGCCGUUGUAUGUGUAGCAAUGAAGAGGACCGCGACAAGUGCAACGACGAAUAMAGUUUAAAGCUAUGGAAUUCAGCGACUUGCACGUGCCAAUGCCGUGAAAUAAAGGAAUGUACUUCAGGGUUUGCAUUUGAUUACAACACUUGCGGGUAA